AUGAGCACACGUCGAUCGCGACGCAAAAGUGGCGCCGCAUCAGCUGGCGACGAUCCGUGCGGAAGUGAGGCGGCGGCAGCAUUGACCGAUUCGUCGUCGAACACCUCACCGGUAUGUUCUCAGCGAUUAGAAUCUGCUGUUCUUUGUAUUAAUCGUUCCAGUGAACAUUUCUCAUAUCGUUAUGGUAGCAUUCAUAAGGGUACCCCCUUAGAAUCAUUCGAUCUGUCUUAA